GCUGCAGGGCGCUGCCAUGCUAGAGGAAAAGGCUCCGAGCUUGUUCGGUCUUAUUGGGCUUGUUUUAAAACAUUAUUUUCUCCAGUUUCUCUGCCUCUCGCCUCCUCUUAUCGGCCUAACAUUGCAGCAUCAGAGUCGUGCGAUUAAAACCUGCAGCGCAGCUUCGAGCUGGGAGCUGUAGCUGCAGCCGCCUGCAGCCCAAGCGCUCCAUGUGUGCCUGUCUGAACACGUGAGUUGUGCGACCCUCCUCACAUUCUUUGCUUUGUACAGAAGAUUGUCGUGAGACCUGUGAAAUAUCAGACAUUUGAAGACAGACUAAGAAAGAGUUAGCCGUGGAGGACAUGGAGGAACUCUCUUCAGAGCAGCGCCCAGAACCCCUGUUCCUAAUCCUGCCCCCACCGCCGCCUUUCUCUCUGGCCUCAGGUGAGCUCACCAUGCCCUGGCCAAAAUGGCUGAAAGCUUUUGAACACUACGCUCAGGCAUUCGGUGAAAAAGCGAUGCUGGACUCCAGUAAGCUGCUGCUCUUACAGAGCUUUCUGGGCCCAGCGGGACAGCUCGUCUUCACAACUCUGAUCAGGCAUCCGACUAUGUAUGCUGACGCCGUUUCAGAGAUCACCAGACAUUUUAGCUCUGAUCAUGCCACUCAGGCACACCGCCUUAAGUUCCACCAAAGGGCUCAGAUGCCUGGAGAGUCCAUAGAGGAGUUUGUCACAGCGCUCCAAAAUCUGCUGGGAGAUUGUCACUAUGGAAAGUUCAAGACCAAACUUCUAGUAGAUCAGCUGAUUGAGAAGACAAACAAUCCGCAGCUCAGAGAGAGGCUGCUGAGUAGGAAGGACCGACUGACCUUGGCCAAGGCCCUGACUAUUGCUAAAGAGGUGGAGUCUCAUUCGAGUGAAUCUCAGCAGUUUGAGUUUCAUGAGGUGAGUGUGGAUAUCGGAGAGGAGUGGGAGCCUCCUGUACAAAAUAAGCGAAAAAGAGGAAGACCUCGGCUCGUUAUUCAACUAAAGGCACCUGUGACUGAACCCCAACAAAAGAAGAAAAGAGGAAGGCCCCGGCUUGGAGAGAAGACUAAACCAGAGCUACUUGUGUCUGAACCCCAACAAAAGAGGAAAAGAGGUAGACCUCGGCUCGGGGAGGAAAGGGCACCAAAACCGUCUGUCACUGAAGCCCAAAGAAGACCAGCUGCAGUCCAGAAUCAGACCUCUGACAGCAACGAUACAGGUGAGCCUCGGGUCGCAGCGGAGAAUAAUGUGACAUGUGAUGAACCGGAUGAUAACGGCGACGCAUCAACUCAGAUGGUGGAAGACGAAAAAAAACUUCAAUCAAGCGACAUGGGCGAAGACAACGAUGACGGUAAAGUUGAAGACUUCUUCCCUCCUUCAGCCAAGCGGAAGGGGCUUUGCUGUCCCAUCUGCACCGAGAGAUUCUUCAAAAACGCAGACAAGUUCAACAGACACAUGAGGACGCACACGGGGGAAAAACCGUUCAAAUGUCCGCUCUGCAAUCUCACGUUCAGCCAGUCGUACCACAUGACCCAGCACAUGAGGAACCAGCACGCCGCAGGCCCGUAUGUGUGCCCAGCCUGCGGGCUGAGCAUGGAAAGCCCCGAAGAGCUAUUUAAACACAAGAAAACGCACAAGGAGCAGAUCCUUAACUGCACUGAUUGCAAUGAGGUCUUCCUGAAUGACGAGGAGCUUCGUAGUCACGUCAAGUCGCACAACAAAGACCCGUCGUUCCCAAAGGAGGGUCAGAGCGAUCAGCCAACUCGCUGCGUUGAAGUGAGGACUGAAGACUUAUCGGAGCUUUCUGCAAACGCCUGCGAAGCCGUCGACUCCGAGCAAGGCAGAGCGAAACCGACUAAAGACAAUUCCUGUCCCAUCUGCAUCGGGAGGCGCUUCAAAGGUCCAAACAACCUUGCGCGACACAUGAGGACGCACACCAAGGAAAAACCCUUCAGCUGCCCCAUCUGCAGCAAGAUGUUCAGCCAGUCCUAUCACAUGACGCGCCACGUGAGAGUUCAGCACGGCCUUGGCCAGUACGUCUGCCCCCAAUGUGGGAAGAGUUUCACCACCUGGCUGGACCUAAAAGUACACAAAAGGUCUCACGCUCACGUCGGCCUCACGUGUCUGGCGUGUAAUAAGCAGUUCAGAGAGAAGGCCACGCUGGAAAAGCACCUUAAACUUCACAAGGCGGUUCUGCCGGGUCCCCGAAGCCUCACCUGUGGCGACUGCGGCAAAGAGUUCGGCCGGCAGCAUCAUUUGAAGAGGCACAUCAUGUCCCAUCGCAAAGCGUCCAACUCUAGGUUUUACUCGUGCCCUGACUGCAAGAAAAUCUUCUACUUCCCGGAGGACCUCAACAAACACCUGGAGGAUCACGCGAAGGAGAACAACGGGACGUGCCCCAAAUGCAACGAGCGGUUCGACAGCGCGGAAGAACUGGAGACGCACAUGCAGGUUCACCAGAGGUCUUUCCCCUGCAGCACCUGUGGCAAGAAGUUCAAAGUGGAGUACGCGCUGAAGAAGCACGAGGAGGGCCACCAGCAUGACCAGUACUACUGCUCGUUGUGUCAGAAGCACUUUAUGAAGUUGUCUCAUUAUAAGAGACACGUGCUGGUCCACGACAGGCGGGAGUCCAAGUGUCCACACUGCGACGGCGUCUUCCUGAAGCUGACGGCUUACAAGUACCACCUGCGGACUCACACCCUGGAGAGGCCGUACCAGUGCAGCUGCUGCAUCGAAACCUUCGAGCAGGAGGAGGAGUUGGAGCAGCACUGCCUCAAGCACAGGAAGUUCAAGAAGGAGCGGCCUUAUUCGUGCACACGCUGCGACCUGGCCUACUCGACCCUGGUGGAGCUGACCGAGCACAUGAUCUCUCACGAGGGAGAACAGCCGCAGACAUGCCCCUUCUGUGGCAAAACCUUCCUGAACAAGAACAAGCUGGAGCGCCACAUCAGCAUCCACACCGGCGAGAGGCCCCACCUGUGCUCGAUGUGCGGCAACGGCUUCCCCUCCGCCGCCAGCCUCAAGCUGCACGUCCUCAUCCACACCGGGGAGAAACCCUUCAAGUGCCUGCAGUGCAGCAAGAGCUUCAGCUCCGCCAGCGGCCUGCGCCUGCACAGCAGGCAGCACAUGGACGAGCGGCCCAGCUACGAGUGCCCCGAGUGCGGCCGGACGUACGGCCGGCUGACGGAGCUGAAGAUGCACCAGCGCUACCACACGGGGGACAAACCGUACGCGUGCACCUGCUGCAACAAACGCUUCAUCAGCAAAGACAAGCUGAACGUUCACAUGAGGACGCACACGGGAGAGAGACCCUUCUCCUGCCCUCACUGUGGGCAAACCUUUACCCAGACGGGGGACAGAAACAGACACGUCAGUAAAUACCACCCAGUGGUCUGAACUAACGCCGCAGGACGUUUCCUGUGGAGAAACCACGUUUCUGCAUGCUUGUAGGUAUACCAGUAGGGAAGUAGUUAGAGUCACCGUCAUCUUAUCUGAGAGCGCGAGAAUCCAAACUGUAUUGGAAGCAUGUCUUUAAAAGCAGUAUGUCUGCACAGGUAAUGUUAAACCCAAGGACUGAUGGACGUAGGUCUGGAUAACCCAAAGUUGCUCUGCUCUGUCUAACACCGCAACUUACUUUAAAGCAUCUCAUAUUUUAGUAGUUGUUCAGAAAACGUGUUCUUUCUUUACAUUUACGAUGCAAAAUCAUUUGAUUAUGCUUUGAUUAUUUCUUCCUAUAGAUUAUGCAUAGGCGUAAUGACGUGUCAUGUGCCUGCAGUGUGUACCCACUUAAAAAAAAGUGUCAGCAAACACUACAUUAAGAUGUAAUAUUACGUUCCUGAAGGAGAUGUUUUUAUAUUUUUAGAUGCGAAGGCGUGUUACACAAAACCUCUGAAAUGUUGGUUGUUUGAACACUAGUAGACGGUUGUAAUGUACAUCUAACGCAGACUUGACUUAGAUUUGCCCCUCAGAGACUUGGAGAAAAUGACUUGAGGGCAUCUGCUGAUUAGACAAGAAAAAUACAUGUACCAUUAAAAAGCUAUGUAUGUUUUUUUUUAUAUGUAUAGAUUUAUCCUGUGGUUGUUUUAAAACACAACAUUGAACAAACUGGAAGGAACUGAAACCAAAUGUUUGGAAAUUAAAUUCACUUUUCAUAGUGUUUUUUUCGACAUUUGUUGUUAAUUUUGCUUCCUUGAGUAUUUUAAUUUGCUUGUGGGGUUACUGUGUCAACAAAUACUUUAUUACUGUUUAAAUUGUGCCACAAAUAUAAAACAGUUUAUUCACCCUAACUGCAGCCUGUGUUCUAGGUUAUGGAAGAAUGUGUAAUUAUCAUAUUACUUCUCUUUUAGGUUAUGUUUUAAGUGAUUUUCAAAAAGAUUUGUAUUUUUUGCCUUGUUGUCACUUGGGG